AUUUAAAAAUCAAAAUGAAUUUAAAUGUUCCACUGCGUUUUGAGUUUAUAAAUUAGCCAAUAAUAUAUUUAAUUUUCGUAAUAGGCAAAACAUUGUAUAUAUUUACAUAUCACUUAAGGGAAGGAAUGAUAUUUUCUGCUAGUAGAGAGCAUUAUUCGUUUGUGUUCCAUUAUUCAAUUUUUAUUUUAUCGUUACAGCAGCUUAGCUUCUGCUGUAGUAAGUUGAAGUUCACAAUCAGUUGUAAUGCUGUAAUUUCGUAGUUUGUGCGUGAAGUCUCAAGCAGAAUAUUACUACGCCCAUUUAGUGUUGUGUUAUAAAGUAACUUAACAAUGAACAAUCAGGGUAAAAUUAUACCACUUACGGUUGCACUGACUGAUAUAAUUACUCCAAAAUCCUGUUCGUCAUAUAUUGCAGAAUUGAUCAAGUACAUAGUUUUCAACAAACAACAAAUUCCAUAUCCUUACGAAAGGUUAAAAUUGUUUGUAUUGAAGAGGAGGGAACGACAAAAAUUAAUUGAGUUGCACAAUAAUAGUGAAAACAAUGAUGCUUCCCUGCGGGUUUCAUUUGUCAUGGAAAAAUACUACAAAAAAGUUGAAGAAGCAUUUGAAAUUCUUGACAAUGUCUUCAAGUGCAUUGAACAUGAAUUGACAAAAUCGAGUGAACAUCUGUUAGAAGAGGUUGUUCUGUUGUUUGGAGCGACACCAUUGAGUCCUAAAGAUGUUUAUCGCAUCAAGAUUCCGUCUUUGACGUACGGCCAUUCUGAGAAUCAACAUUUGUAUAAAAGACAAAUUGGAAAUCUCUUCAGAAACAUAAUAAUCUCGGAUGAUGUCAAUGCAAGACUACAGCGCAGUGUUGGGUUGACCAACAUGUUUGUGAUGGUGAAGCUUAGGAAGGGUGGAAACACCGACUCACAGUGGUUGCUCCCUAAGGACUGCUACCAGCUGUCCCAGCGAGCGCAACAGGUCUGCUUCACGCUGGAGUCUACUGCAGCACGCCCGUGCACCUGCACUCAAACUGAGCUGUUGUCCGACAAUAUGGCUGCGCUCGUACUGAACAGUGAUGACACAGACCCAGGUGACCAGUGUGUGUGGUACCAGAUGCAGCGGACACUCAAAGGUUUUCGUGACUGUAAAUCACAAGGGAAAUCCAUAACGGACUUGUGGUAUAAACAUAGUUUUCUAUCCUGACGAGCGUAGAAGUUCAAUUAACUAGAAGAAUUACAUUGUUAUCUUUCAUGUACUUAAAUAGGAGUUAAGUAAAUUAAGUAAGUAUAUAAUUUGUCUAUAAAGUAAUGUGACUGGGUCAUAUAAUUUAUUGAUGUCAUCGAUACUUAUUGAGCCUUCAAAAUAGUCUUGAAAUAGACUUUUAAUAGAGAACAAGCUCUUUAUGAACCAUACUUUGUUCUCAUAAGAUUUACAUUUUUAUUUACACCACUCGUUGAAGAACAUCAAGGCCACUGUAAGUCUUCAGCGAUCUCACAUCUGUUCUUGAACUCACUGAAUCACUAGAACCUGAGCCCUGGACAGCUUUUUCUUUGUACACCUUAUUAACCAAGACACCCAUCUUCGAAGCAGUUUUUCGCAGGCGAAAUCAAAAUUUAUUGUGUAGCAGUGCUGGGACUAAUGCUCAAUUUAUGACACUCAAAAAUUGCCUUUGCACAUACAUAAUCCUCACUAUGUCAGAGCUUGGAUGAAACUGAUGUCCAGUGCAUUGUUUAGCCUAGACACCCCACUAACAACAACAAAUCCUGCUGCCAGGAAGGAACUGUAGACGAUUGGAUCGCCUCAUGGCAGCCAAUUUCAUUACUUAAUAGACAAAUCUUCUAUAAUCAUAGUUUACAAAAUCCAAUAAAUUUAAUUAAGUUUAAUAUGGUUAUAGUGUUUAAAGUUACUGGUCUAAUGAUUAUUUACCAUAAAAUUAUAGUUAUCACUGCAAAUAUAUUUUUUAUAUAAAAAAGGUAUUGCUUAUAUGUACUCACUGUAACAGAUAAAACCAUAACUAAUGGAAUUAUGGACAUUUUAUUGUGUGUGAUACUGAAGAAAAUAUUAAAUAUUAUAUUUGUCAUAGUGCCAUAUUGUAUUGUAGGCUGGGUAAUACUGUGCAGUAAAUAUUACCAGGCUUGUCUAUAAAUGCUAGUAUAAUUUUUAUCUGUUCUAUCUUAUUACAGGAUUUUUUUAAAGUUUAUAUGAAUAAAGGCUGAUUGGAUAGUAGGUGCCCUCAAAUUAACUAAGAAAUCAUUUGUUUUUUUUUUUUUAAUAAGGUAACACAGUAAUUUAGCAUACAAGAAUGUUUAAUCUAACUAAAUUAAACUUUUUGUCCAACUAAGUCAUUAUGCAUAUUAUUACUUUAAUAGGCUCUUUUUUCAUUAGGCUGUAUGUUAAUACAAUGAUUUUGCAGUUUAGUUACGUUGUGAUCUUACUUGUACUGAUGAAUUUGUUGAUAGUUUGAAUUAUUGUUCUGUCUUUCAAGUAUACUAAGCUCUCAAGUUGCCUUUAUUCAGCUGUUUGUUUACCUAGAAUCAAAUUAUUUACAGAUUUUUCUAUCAUAAAUAAUAAAUAUAAAAUAUUGUAUGUCACCCGUUACAUUAUCCUGAAUCUGCCAAUAUGUUAUUAAUAUUUCCAGAUAAGAACUUAUACUGUUCUUUUCUUGGUACUAUUUUAACCAAUCUUGGAGAGCCAGCUGCCACAUUGAAUGAGUCUGACUUAGAGAUGUGCACUUAUUUAUUAGCCCUGUUGAUCUUAAAUGUACUGGCCCUCCUUUAUUUUAUUUUUUUUAUAAGAUACUCCCACAUGCUAGUGGUUUAUGAAUAUGUGUGGAAUAAAGCUCAAAUGGAGGUCAUCCUCUCCUUUAAAAACA